CCCGCUGGGCGAGCGCACGGCCAUGGCCCCGUGGCUGCAGCUCUGUUCCUUCUUCUUCACUGUCAACGCCUGCCUCAACGGCUCGCAGUUGGCAGUGGCUGCGGGCGGCUCGGGCCGCGCGAGGGGCGCCGACACCUGUGGCUGGAGGGGAGUGGGGCUGGCCAGCAGAAGCAGCGGGCUGUACAACAUCACCUUCAGAUACGACAACUGUACUACCUACUUGAAUCCAGUUGGGAAGCACCUGAUUGCCGAUGCCCAGAACAUCACAAUCAGCCAGUAUGCUUGCCGGGACCAAGUGGCAAUCACGGUUCUUUGGUCCCCAGGGGCCCUUGGCAUUGAAUUCCUGAAAGGAUUUCGAGUAAUCCUGGAGGAGCUGAAGUCAGAGGGAAGACAGUGCCAGCAGCUGAUCCUAAAGGACCCGAAGCAGCUCAAUAGCAGCUUCAAGAGAAUGGGAAUGGAAUCCCAGCCUUUCCUGAACAUGAAAUUUGAAACAGAUUACUUUGUCAAGAUUGUCCCUUUCCCCUCCAUUAAAAAUGAAAGCAAUUACCACCCUUUCUUCUUCAGAACCCGGGCCUGUGACCUGUUGCUACAACCUGACAACAUGGCUUGUAAGCCCUUCUGGAAGCCUCGAAGUAUGAAUAUCACCCAGCACGGCUCAGACGUGCAGGUGUCCUUUGACCAUGCGCCACAUAACUUCGGCUUCCGCGGUUUCUACCUUCACUAUAAGCUCAAGCACGAAGGCCCCUUCCGGCGGAGGACGUGCAAGCAGGACCAGAACUCAGAGACAAGCAGCUGCCUCCUCCAGAAUGUUUCUCCAGGGGGUUAUGUCAUUGAGCUGGUGGACGACAACAACACGACCAGGAAGGUGGCGCAUUACGCCGUCAGGCCAGUGCACUCUCCCUGGGCGGGACCCAUCCGAGCUGUGGCCAUCACCGUGCCUCUGGUCGUCAUCUCCGCGUUCGCGACGCUCUUCACUGUGAUGUGCAGAAAGAAACAGCAAGAAAAUAUAUAUUCACAUUUAGAUGAAGAAAGCCCUGAGUCCUCCACAUACGCUGCGGCUCUUCCCAGAGACAGGCUCCGGCCACGGCCCAAGGUCUUCCUCUGCUACUCCAGUAAAGAUGGCCAGAAUCACAUGAAUGUGGUCCAGUGUUUCGCCCACUUCCUCCAGGAUUUCUGUGGCUGUGAGGUGGCGCUGGACCUCUGGGAGGAUUUCAGCCUCUGCAGAGAAGGGCAGAGAGAAUGGGUCACUCAGAAGAUCCACGAGUCCCAGUUCAUCAUUGUUGUGUGCUCCAAAGGCAUGAAGUACUUCGUAGACAAGAAGAACUAUAAACACAAAGGAGGUGGCCGGGGCGGGGGGCAAGGAGAGCUUUUCCUGGUAGCCGUGACAGCCAUCGCAGAAAAGCUUCGUCAGGCCAAGCAGAGCUCAUCCGCGGCACUGAGCAAGUUUAUCGCUGUCUACUUUGAUUACUCCUGUGAAGGCGAUGUCCCCUGCGCCCUGGACCUGAGCCCCAAGUACAAGCUCAUGGACAACCUUCCUGAGCUGUGCUCUCAUCUGCACUCAGGAGAGCACAGCCUUCAGGGGCUGGGUCAGCCAGGGCCUAGCAGCAGAAGGAACUACUUCCGGAGCAAAUCUGGCCGCUCCUUGUAUGUCGCCAUUUGCAACAUGCACCAGUUUAUCGAUGAGGAGCCUGAUUGGUUCGAGAAGCAGUUGAUACCCUUCCAUCCUUCCCCUGUGUGCCGCCAGGAGCCAGUCCUGGAGAAGUUUGACUCAGGUUUGGUUUUAAAUGAUGUCAUAAGCAAAUCAGGGCCAGAGAGUGACUUCUGUCUGAAAGCUGAGGCUUCUCUACUUGGGGCCACCAGGCCAGCUGACUCACACCCACACCUGGAAAGUCAGCGUGUAGGCCUGAACCAAGACACUGAGACCCAGCCCACCUGUGAGGGUGGCCCUGCCUUGCAGCCCCUGUUGCAUGCAGUGAAAGCUGGCAUUUCCUCGGAUAUGCCGCGGGACUCGGGCAUAUAUGAUUCCUCUGUGCCCUCGUCAGAGUUGUCUCUGCCUCUGAUGGAGGGACUGUCCCCUGACCAGAUGGAGACAUCUUCUCUGACCGGGAGUGUAUCUUCUUCCUCUGGUCUAGGUGAGGAGGAUUCCCCUACCCUCCCUUCCAAGCUCCUCGCCUCUGGGGUGUGCAAAGCAGAACAUGUUUGCCACAGCUACACCGAUGAACUCCAAGCAGUUGGCCCUUCGUAAGGAUAUGGAAGGGUCCGAGCAUCGCCACUUUAUCUGCUGCUUGCUCUGGUUCCCCAGCUCACCUCCAUGGUUGUGUGGCCGCUUGGAGCUGAAGGUUCACACAAGGAUAUUUGGAGUGAAAUUCGGGCCAAUCCUUGAUCCUUUCUGCUCCAGCCUGAGUCUCCGAUUUCCCAGAAGCAUAUAGUGCUCUGUAAGACACUUCCUUUAGACCAGGCAGCAGCUGGCUGUGUGAGGGGGUGGGGGAAGAAGCAGGUAAAGAGAAGUAGGAAGCACCAACACUUCUAUUCCCUUUCGGCUACUUUGAUUCAAAAUGCUUUGUGGAAAAAGCACUUUGAACAACAUUCCAGUUACCCAUGUCAGUCAAGUACUG